AUGACUCUGACCGAACCGCCCACCAGCAAUUUGUCCUCUUCCUUGACCGUGGGCAGAGUUUUCGGAGACCAACGCGGCGCUCGCAGGGAGGGAGAGCGAGAAUGGAGCGUCGACCAAAGGCAACUCUCCGAGCCGCCUGCUUCAGAGUGCGCAAGGGGGGCAACGACCGUCCGCGUCCGUCCGUCCGUCCGGCGGACAAAGGACGGGCGGCGGCAUCGCUUCAUAUCGCGCCUCGGAACCCGCCGUCGGCUCCGAGUCGACGGAUACAUGAACGGGCGCACUGGUCUCGCCGCAAUCCAGCCACCGUCCGACGUCCGACGGGGGACAAUGGAGCGACAAUGCGUCGCCACGUACGUCGAUGACCUGACUGGCGCUGGUACAUGGCUGUCGCUCGGCCAAUCUGCCUGCAGCCCGACGACAGCCUCGCGCCAAGGACAAGCGUCCGCCUCGUCGUGCGAACCGGCACCGGUCGCGCUCGGCCCGACGACACAUAUCGCAGGGCGCGAACAAUGGCCCGUGGAACCGACCGUGUACCGAAACCUCGACGGAUCCUUGCCGAGCCUCGUCAUCGAGGUACAGCGGUCCCGUACUGUAGCAUAG